GAGCCUUAUCACACGCCUAAGCUUGCAUCAACUGCUAGUAAAGUGGGUUAUGAGAAGUCGAAUUUCUUGGAAUCGAGUAAAACGGGACACUAUUUGCAUGAAUACAACUACAAUAAGCCUGUUAGUUGGAGUGAAUGGAGCGAUGCGAGUGAAUGUGCCUCUGGAUGUCUCUAUGGACCUUCGCGGCGUCUGCUCGAAGGCAGCACAGGUCUGCGCACAUACUCACGUCGUUGUGUGGAUCAUUAUAGACGCUGUCUCGGCCCUGCCCAUAAAUAUGAGUCUUGCGUAGCCAAAGAUUGUUACAGCUCGAAAAUCGUUAUGACAAUUGAAGAAUUCGCUUAUGACAAGUGUAGUCGUGCGCAAAAGUCGGAUGCAGAGCUGACGGGCGAGGGCGUGCAGAUAAUUGGUGAUAUUGAGGAAUCUUGCAAAGUUUACUGCCGCACGAAAACGAAUGGCACUAAAACGCGCCGUUGGACUUUCCCUGAGGGCACCACAUGCCGCACCACACUUUACAAAGCCGAAGAUAUAUCAUACUGCAUUAGUGGGCGGUGUGAGAAGUUCUCAUGUGACAACUCGACACACAACUACUACAAAUUGGAUCCGCAUUUUUGCGAGCAACGUAGGUCGUCACCAGCACGUGCCGAGGAAUCGGAGAGUCGACGCUACAACACGGUGCAUGUCACCACCGCUAGUGGCAAUAACUUAAGUUAUAAUAAAAAUUAUCAUAACAACAACAACAUACCACAGUACAACAUUUAUGCACCAACAACAUAUCGCAGUAAAUACGAGAAUGAGGUGGCCGUACGCAAUAUCCAUGGUCAGGAGCGCGAAUCGCCCUACAAACGUAAAUCGGGCGGCUAUCAGCMGUGGAAUAAAUAUAGUUAUCCGCUGCGUGACACAGCGCAACCCGUAGCGCAGCCACAGCCGCCGAAGCCGCCACCUCCCGUCUCGGCCUCUUUGGUGGCGCUGGACACGUCAGUAACGGCGGCGGCAGCAGAGCCCGAAUGGAUUGUCAAAUCGGGUUGUCAUUCGAGUUGCAUGGCCAAAUCGAAGGGCAUUCAAGUGGUGACCUCGCGUCGCACCGGUGCCAAUAACAUACAGUUGUGCACGCAUACCGCCAAGCCUUGUGAACGUUUACUGUCGGCCACCGAACAUGCGGAACACACUUGUGCGCGCUACAAGCAAAAAGUGCGCGGCCUCUCUGGCUAUGGCACUCAAAUUGCGGCGAGCGUCGAUGAGCCGGAUAGGAGUUGUCGUGUCGGCUGCCAGGAUGAAUCUAUUAAGUAUCGCUUCUAUUUAGUGAAUGGCCGGUAUGGGCACUUUCCGCUGGGCACUAAAUGCUCAAACAYCGAGGAACGUUAUUGCGUCAAUGGCAAGUGCUUGGAAUUUGGGCCAGACAAUAUACCGCUACAGCAGUCGCAUAUCAGUUUGGCCUUGUUCCGCAGUCGCCGUCGCCGUUCGCUGCCGUCGUUUGAUGAUGGGUUGUUACAGCGUGAACCUGUGUUAYCUACGGUGGAGAGURURCGCCAKCGUCGUAGCUAUCUUUACUUUGACCCCGUAAAUAUCACGGAAACAAUCACACAAGAUUUCAUAAAUACCAUUGUGAUGAGCAUAAUGGACUUUGAGCAAAAGAGUGUCGAAGAUGAAUUACUCAAUCRUGAUCACAUCGAAUUCAAUAACCCCAUACACAUAGCAACAGAAGUGGAAGCAACAACGGAACUCCAAGCGACUACAUAAUUUCUUGUAUCCAUUUUCUU